UUUUGCCCCAUUGGCAGCAUCCUCCUCAAUCGACCUCUCUCUCCGACGGAGCUCUGCUCUCUGUUUGCGCGGGGGCUGCACUUGGAGGUUUAGCUCCUUGUUCGUCCUCCUCGUCUCUUCCUCGAGCGUUUGACUGAUGGUCCCUCCCUCCCUCUGACCCCGAGACGACCAAGCGUAAGCUUGUUUCGGUCAACGGUCGCCGAAGCUUCGGUCGGCACUGCUCGCCGCUACCACUCUCGAGGUUCCUGUCUGCUCAAUCUUCUCCCCCUCAACAUAUACAUGAAAGGCACAAAUUGUACACACCCAGAUGAAAUCACGUUGAAAAAGGGAAAAAGGAUUCGAACUUCACAAUUUUUCUGUGGAUUGAUGCUUUAAGUCGUUAGUGGUUAUGGGAAUUAGGCAGCGAUUAGGAUGCUAGAUUGAGAAUUUCUGCUUCUGGGGUUUUAGUGUUUCAGUCUCUCAGUCUCUCUGGUUUAAUGGAAGCCAUGGCUGAAUAUUUCGGUGGAUCAGUGUUUAAAUACCCUCCUAAAGCCUCACAAAUUUCGACAAAACACGCGAACUUGAGACUACCGCCGAGCUUGCAGCCCCUUCAGUUCCCCUCCCAUGUCCAUGCCAAUGAUAUUUCCCCAAUGGCCAAAUCUGUGUGUGAUAUCCUCGCGAGGGCACCGCCAGGGGAGAUUGAGACUGCACUUGACGCCACUGGGAUCCCCGCGAACCCAAUCCUUGUGGAAGAAGUCCUUAAGUAUUCCUACAAUUACCCUGCAUCAGCUGUAAAGUUCUUCCGGUGGGCCGGACAAAAGCACAAGCACUCUUCUAUCGCGUGGAAUCUCAUGGUCGACUUGCUCGGCAAGAACCAAGCAUUUGAGCAAAUGUGGGAUGCUAUGCGCUCCAUGAAGCAUGAGGGCGCGCUGUCAAUGGCAACAUUCGCAUCAGUUUUCUCUAGCUACUGCAGUGCUGGUCGGGUCAACGAGGCAGUCAUGAGCUUUGAUGUUAUGGACCAGUAUGGGAUUCAACAGGAUACUGAGGCAGUUAACUUGAUAUUGAGCGCUAUUUGUGCUGAGGACAUGCAGACGACGAGUGCUUCGGAGGUUUACGAUGGGAUCAAGGGUAAGAUACCCCCGGAUGGCGAUACAUUUGCAAUUUUGCUUGAAGGUUGGGAGAAGGAGGGAAAUGUGAACAAGGCCAAGAACACUUUUGGGGAAAUGGUUGUUCGCCUUGGAUGGAGUUUGCAGUACAUGUCAGCUUAUGAUGCUUUCUUGACUACACUAGUUCGUGGGUCGCAUGCGGAGGAGGCCAUUAAGUUUCUCCAGGUGAUGAAGGGAAAAAACUGCUUGCCAGGUUUAAACUUUUUUUCUACUGCCCUUAAUAUUCUUAGUAAGAGGGAUGAUUCACACAACUGUAUCCUGUUUUGGGAUAUCAUGGUUGGUAGUGGAUUGAUGCCUAACUUGUUCAUGUACAACCGAAUGAUUGGUCUGCUGUGCAACAAUGGUGACACCGACAAUGCAUUCAGGCUGCUGGAUGAGAUGGUGUUUCAUGGUGCUUUUCCUGAUUCCUUGACAUAUAACUUGAUUUUCGAAUGUCUAGUUAAAAACAAGAAGGUCCGCCAAGCAGCCAAAUUUUUCGUUGAGAUGAUCAAGAAUGAGUUGCCACCAAAUCAUUCUAAUUGCUCCAUGGCCAUAACUAUGUUUUUUAGUGGCGACGACCCUGAGACAGGUGUUGAUAUAUGGAACUACAUGAUUGACAACCGCUUCUUGCAUCUCGAUGAAAGUGCGAAUGCCUUGCUUCUUGGCCUCUGCGCUUUGGGUAGGUUCUCAGAGUUGAAGAAAUUUGCAGAAGACGUGUUUGAUCUAAGAAUUAACAUCUAUGAAUCAACGAGGGAAAAGUUGAAGGAGGCCUUGUAUAGCGCGGGAAGGAGAAGUGCAAGGGACACAUAUGAUUUUCUUUCAAGGAGAUGGAGAGCUUGAAGAUAUCCCAUGCUAGCUUCUCUUUCAGAACCUUCUCAUGUUUCUAUCUAUUUUUUCUCUCUAUUUUGGGGAAUCUCCCAAAGAACUGGAUUAGUUGCAGUCAAUAAAAAUUUCUUGAUGUUCUCAAUUGACACUCCCCCAAAAAUGGAAAAAGAGACAAUGAUUGAAGAAAAUGUGCACUAUUUUCUUCUGGCUGAGUCUUUGGAAUGUAUUGUAACAGUGUAUAGCCUUGAGGAUACCCGGUAAAUUGAAUAUUGUGCAGCAGAAAGCCAUGUCGUCAGGCCAAGCUCAUGCCCCAAAGUCUCAUUUGGAAGUAAACCAGAGUUGCCGAGAUGGGUGUAAUGGAGCUGAGUUGAGAUUGACCCUCUUAUUACUCGAGCUUGAUUUGAUUUGAGAUUCAAUGUUUUUCAUUCGUUUAGAGCUUGAGCAAGCUCGACUUUUCAAGCACAAGUUCAAUAGGAAAUAAAUGGGAAUUCAACUACUUGACUGCGCUAUCGGGCGCUUGAAUUAAGUAUUGCAACGGUCCAGCCAGAGGAGGUUUGAUACUUGAGUUACCCGAGCUUGACAAGAUUGAGUCAUGUUAGAGUUGUUAGCAGUUGAGCUCAAGUAGAUUGAAAGCUCGUUAAGAUUGCAUGGAGAUGGCGGCAGAUUGUGGUCAUUCAGAGUAACAAUAAUGGUGGCGAUAUGUUGUGAUGUGAUCUCUAAUUGAUCGAAGUGUUGAUUAAUAGCUUCACGAGCUAAGAAUACCCUGGCCAUGAUUAGUUUCCAUCAGAAGAGCUUGGAAAGCCUUUUGUA